CCCGUUUGAAACGGCGGCGGGCGGGCGGGCUCGGCGGCUCCCCUCAGGCAGGCCCGGCCCGGCCAUGCCGCUGCAGCCGCGGCUCCUCCGCACGUACUCGCGGCGCGGCGGCCACCUCCGCCCGCUGCCUCAGCCCUCCCGCUGGAUUUCGCCGCCUCAGGACCGCAGGCGGCUCUUCAGUUCCACCUCGGCCGGCUCCAGCUCCGCUUGCUCCAGUGCCCUCUCCGCCGCUUCGGACGACCCCGAUUUCUCUCCGCCCGGCAAACGCCGCCGGCAGCCGCUGGGUGAGCGCCCCGCCCGGGCUCGGUGUCUGCGGAGCCGGCGCGGCGCCGCCACGCAGGAGAAGGAUGGGAAGGAGAACCGGCCGCCCGCCCUCAGCUCCCCGUCGCCUUCCCCGCUGCCUCCCCGCGCCGCCCGCCGCCGCCAGGGGCCGUCCCGCGGGGCUCGGCGCCCCCUGCUCUGCAGCACCCCGCAGUGGGCGCCCUGCCGGAGCCGCCGCACGCCGCCGGCCGAGCUGAGACUGGAGGGGGGCGGCUCGGGGCUGCAGGGCAGCCUGGAGCUCUUCUCGUCGCCCGGAGGGGGGCAGGACGCCUCGCUCGGCAGCGAGCCCGGCACACCCGAGUCGUUGAGGGGAGAGGCGGAGGUGGAGGCGUCGCCACAAAGGGCCGGCAGGGUUCUGAGGGCGUCCGUGAGGGGAGCCCUGUUCCUGCAGCAAAGCACAAGUGUUCCUCCCGCUCGCGGUGAGCCCCUGCACUCCACCCCCUGUGGUGGUGGCAGGGCCGAAGAGCCAGGCGAUGAUGUAAAGGGAGGUUCAGCAGAAGGAAGCCUGAGCGCUCAGGGAGGGAAAACCAAGCUCCAGUCAACGCCGGUGGUGGUCUUGAACCGUCAGGAAGUGCCGCUGUGGCUGACGAGCAUGAAAGCUGACAAGAAGGCAGGUGCUCAGCCUUCCUGCCAGAAGCCAGCGUCACCUUUAGGCCCUCAAGGAACGGUGGAGUAUAAAAACAAACGCACCAAGGUCGGUUCUGCAGAGGGAAGUGCCUGUAGAAGAGCUUGCAUCAGUGGCUUCAGUGCCAAGCGGUGGGAUAGACAAAUGAGGCUCUGUCCCCAAAGACUCAAAAAUAAGAGACAGCAGCAGGCUAAUAACUCCUCUUUCAGACCCCAACUAAGACCAAAAGGAAGGAAGAAGGGUGGUCGGGAAAUAUCUGUAGAUACAAGAGACAACGAUUGUUCAUUCCUCAAUAACUCCUAUGCCUGGGGUAGACUUCGAGCAUCUUUGUACUUCCAUAAGAAAAAGAAAGUUACUGCAGACGAGUGUUCCUACAAUAGCAUCCUUUGUACCCCUUCUGUGAAUUCCGAGGUUACAGGGCACCAAGCAACCCCAAAUUCUAGUAUGGCUCAGUACUGUGCUUUAUCUGCUUCCUCCAUGAUACUGCUGGUUCCCAGGAAUGCCUGUUCAGGCCUGGAGGUAAUGCUUACAGAUGCAGAGAAGGUUUUGGGGGAAUGCCAGCAGGAGAGACCUAUCACUUUUGAGGAAUGCAUUCCUUUAGAUAAGAUGAAAGAUUGCAAGAAAAUUGGAGAAGGGGUGUUCGGAGAGGUUUUCCAGAUUGACAGUAAUAGAGGACCUGUGGCCUUAAAAAUAAUUCCCAUUGAGGGGACUGAAAGAGUGAAUGGUGAAGCUCAAAAAAGCUUUGGAGAGAUUCUACCAGAGAUAAUAAUUUCAAAGGAACUCAGUCUUCUGUCUGAAGAGUCUGUGAACAGGACUGUAGGGUUUGUUAGCUUGUACUCUGUGCACUGUGUUCAAGGGGCCUAUCCUAAGCAUCUCUUAGAAGCUUGGGACAAAUAUGAUAAAGUAACAGGAUCAGAAAAUGAUCGGCCAGACCUUUUUGGGAAAGAGCAACUCUUCAUGGUUCUGGAGUUUGAAUUUGGAGGCAGUGACUUGGAGAACAUGAGAAAAAGAUUGAAUUCGGUGGCUUCAGCAAAAAGCAUUUUGCACCAGGUGACUGCUUCCCUGGCUGUGGCAGAACAGGAACUGCACUUUGAGCACAGAGACUUACACUGGGGGAAUGUGCUGGUAAAGAAAACAGAUGUCAAAGAGCUUAAUUAUGUGUUAAAUGGGACGACGUGCACAAUCCCCACACGUGGGAUCCAUGUCAACAUCAUAGAUUAUACCUUGUCUCGUCUGGAGAAAGAUGGGUUAACUGUAUUUUGUGACCUUUCCACUGACGAAGAGCUGUUCCAAGGCACGGGAGACUACCAGUUUGAUAUCUACAGGCAAAUGAAAGCAGAGAACUCCAACAGCUGGACUGACUAUCAUCCACACAGCAAUGUCCUCUGGUUGCACUAUUUGUCAGAUAAACUUUUGAAAGAUGUGGUUUACAAGAAAAAAGAAUCAAAUUCUGUCUUGAGAAAAAUAAAGCAGCAGCUCAUUAAGUUCCGUAAAGAAGUAUUGACCUUUGGGUCUGCCAGUGAAGUUUUGCAUAGCAGCAGCCUCUUCCAGUGAGUAAAGGAGCACAAUGCUUCCAAGAACUAAGUCACUGAUGCCCCUUUCUCCUUUGUCUUUUUUCUCUAUGGUCUUUUUAAAUGUUGACAUGAUGAAGAAAUGUUACAAUCAGUUACCAGUAUGAAAAAUGUGUAAAAAUGCACAAAAAAAGCCACCUGCUUUAAGAUGUUUCCAUAUGUACUUUUUUGAGGGGUGAGGGUGAAAGGGAACAGACUUGACAUUGGAGGUGGGGGGAAAAGAUCUCUUCAGGCUUAUUAGUUCAUGUCCUGAAUUCCACUUAGAUUAUUAGAAGCUCUUCCCUUACUAUAUUUAUUUCUUACAAAUUCAAAUAAACAAACAAAAAGAUAGACAAAGGUAAAUAUUGUUAGCCCAGUUAGGGAUAGAAAGGGAGAGAACACCUACCUUUUGACUUAGUUUUUAAAACGAACUUUUGCUCAGUUUGGCCCAACAUGUACUUGGAAUAAUGCUAUAAAAUUUCCUGAAGUUUCUGUAGUGUAGUUUUUAAAAAAAAAUCUUAAUCUGCAAUAAUACAACCUUUUUUCCUCUGUAAGGGCCAGCGAAGAGGUAUUGUGUUAUGGGGAAAAAAACAAAAACAAAAAAACAAAACACAAACAGGAAGUACCUGUGUUCCUGAUGCAUUUUUCACAGUUGCUAUGUUCUGACCUUGUACAAUGACAGGAACCCAAAUCUGUAACUUGAUGGUAGCAUUAAAGCGAUUUUCUCCAUUUAUCUACGGAAGAAAAUGCACAAGGUAAGUGUUCUUUAGUCCUGAUUGCAGACAGAUGAGAUGAACUAAAUUUGAAGCUAUACUUACAUUAAAUUUAAAUUCCUUGUUUUCAAGUAGUCCUUGGCGAACGUUCAUGUACAUUAAAGACACUGGCCUGCAGAGGAAGAUAAAUUAAAACUAAGUGAACAUUGAAUUUAAUUAUUAUUGAACAUCAGUACAUCCAGUGAUCCACAUGCAUUAAGUAAUAAGGAGGUAGCAUGAUCAAAUUUGUUAAAGAGGAAUGUUAGUUACAGUCUGUAUAUGGGCAUAUAUGCAGUCUAUCAAUUAGAUGCAUCCUUGAAGCAAUCUUGAAGGUAUUUUUAAAUCAGUUAAAUAGUUAAGGGUUUAUAUUUGACCCUAGUUAUCUCCCUGCCUAUGAUGUUUUGUUGUUCCAUCUUCCAGACUCUUUACUUUUGCUGUCUUAUACCACAGAAAGCAACUUGACAACCUGCAAUGCUUGAAACUAUUAAGAUGGAAAUUGUGCUGGAAUCCUACCAGGCAUCCUCUCAACCCUUUUUUCCUCUAAUUGACUAAAGUAAUAUAAUGUAAUUGAAUAUUCUUAAAACUUACUUGGUAAGAACUGCAGUGAACGCAUAUCUGACAUCAAGGACAUGUUUUUCAGUCAGAAUGGUGGUAUUUUCAUUUAUGCUUUAAAAGAAAAAAAAAUAAUUUGAUGAAACAGCUUUAUUAUCUGCCUGCCUUGGUUUUCUAUUUCUAUGGUUGCCAGAUUGUGGAUAUUUGCUAUACAAGAGGGAUGGAAACACGGAAUGGCAGUAACUUAUGAAAGAAGGGGUGCCAUCCUGCUCUCCUGUGGGUUAACAUACUGCAGUAAUGUUGGAGUAGCCCUUCAUUACUAUGGAUUUUGGAAGCUGCCAUUGCCUUGGAAUAUUUCUCCACAUAUUCCCAUUUGUGAAUACGUAAUAAUGCCUUAAUUAAUCAAAAUUUAAAAGCUUCUCACCCUUCAAAAAAUCUGGACAUUAAACUCAUGUAUAAACCUUUGCCUUAAAGUGUACUUGCAGUGAAGUUGCCAGAGAUGAGUCCUCAUUUCCUUUUUAAAAAUGCUUUUUAAUAAAGUGCUGUGUGCUAA